UUUCCCACCGCCUGCGCUCCAUGAAACCGUGAUUUAUCCAAGAACCUGUUAUAUCAGCGAUCACUUUAUGGUAAAUACCAGAUCAUUUAUCAUCCAAUCAUGGACACCAGGGCUCCCCUUACCCAUGACGACUAUACCGUCGGAUGGAUAUGCGCCUUGCCUGUGGAAACGGCAGCUGCGAAUCUGAUGUUGGACAAACUCCACCCCCCUUUGCCUAGCUUGCGGGCGGAUGAAAAUACAUAUAUCCUUGGAAGCAUCGGAGAACACAAUGUUGUGAUUGCUAGCUUGCCAGGUGGUGCAUAUGGUAACACAUCAGCUACAUCAGUUGGGAUGCAGUUACUGUCUAGUUUUCGCGCUAUCCGUAUCGGUCUCAUGGUUGGUGUCGGCGGCGGCGUACCGAGCAGUAAUGCAGAUAUUCGGCUCGGCGAUAUUGUUGUCAGCCAGCCAACAGCCACAUCGGGGGGCGUGAUCCAAUACGAUCUUGGAAAAGUGCUCAGCGGUGGUAGAUUUGAGCGGACAGGAUCACUUAACCGGCCUCCAAAGGUUUUAUUAACUGCUCUUGCUACGCUCAAAGCCUACCACAUGACAAGAGAUAGCCGGGUGACUGAGUUCAUUUCUGACAUCCAAGCCAAAAUUCCAGCUCACAAGGCUAUGACAUUUGCACGACCAACCCAAGAAGAUUGUCUAUUUCAAGUGGAGUACAAUCAUAUCGUAUCUAAUACAUGUCUCAAUUGUGACCGAUCCAAACUAUCUCCACGGUCUCACCGAGAAAACAAGGAUCCAGUUAUUCACUAUGGCCUCAUUGGAUCUGGGAAUCAGGUAGUGAAAGAUGGAAGGUGGCGUGAUAAGCUGGCUCGGGACUUAGGGGUGUACUGCUUAGAUAUGGAAGCGGCCGGACUCCUGAAUGACUUUCCAUGUUUGGUUGUUCGGGGCAUUUGUGACUAUGCCGACUCUCACAAAAAUAAAGAAUGGCAGGGGUAUGCCGCGGCCGUGGCCGCAGCUUAUGCAAAAGAGCUUCUCUUGGUGGUUCCAACUGAUCAGAUUGCUACAACCCCAACAGCACGAGACACUCUCGCAGACUCUGCCCACCUCAACGCCGGUGAUUCCCAGUCCCCUAGGACGACAGCAGGAGCAAACCCUCGGUGCAAAUCACAAAAGCACCGUCAAUUCUUUCAACUGGCCAGGCUCCGCUGCUAUGCUUGAAAAGAAGACUGCGAACGCCCUGAUUGUAAUUGAUGCAGUAAAUCAAGAUAACUCAGUUAUUACUCUUUCAGCAAAUACUAUGGAGGUCCUUCAACUCCAGUCUGGUGAUACUGUCCUGGUUAAGGAGAGUAGGGACAAGACUACUGCUUUAAUUGUUAUAUCUGAUAACAAAAUGGAGGAUGGAUAUGCUUGUGUUAACCAUGUUGUGCGUAACAACCUUGGUAUCAAACA